AUGUUUGGUGGGCAAAGAAGGUUCUUUAACGGUAGUUCUCCUGCUGCGAUUAUUGCCUUCGUCAAUCUAGGGACCAGCAUAGCGCGUGACCCGAAGGCUGCGCAAUUUCUGGCUAUUAUCCUGGAUGCCGCCACGAACAUCAAAAUUGCGAUUGCCGAGAUUGAGUACGCAGAUCCAGUCGUUGAUCCUCCGAUCUUUGGAGAGUAUCGCAAUGUUCCAGCUUUCUCAGAAACUACGGAACUGAACACCUUGGCCUACUUCACGCAGCAGCUGAACAACAGCAACCCGAAAGGCUAUCAAUUUGCGAAAAUCCGAGAUGCCGCUGGUAUUCUACCUGCAAAUACCUUCCAAAUCAUCACUGUCCCACAACUCGAGCAGAUGCAAAGGAAGGACGGCAACGCACCAAGACUCUCGCCUUCUGACGGAACAAUUCUCAUUUCAAAUCUGAGUAGUCGCCGGGACAAGACCAAAGACGACGAGCGGGUGCUGAAAGCGAACGCUAACAUAGUGAGAAAGGUGGAGGCAGAGUCCAAGCGCAGAAAUCUGGUGAACAAUCACUUCUACAUGAACUACGCCAGUCAGUUCCAAGAUGUCGUUGAGAGUUAUGGGGAGAGCGCGAACAGGCUGAGGCGUAUCGCGCGUAAGUAUGAUCCUGCCGAAGUCUUCCAGAAGCUACAGCCAGGCUACUUCAAGCUGCAAGGGCCACCGAACAAGAACUGGCCAUCAUCAUACCCCGAUUCGUAA